GCCCGCGGUGUCUUCUGUUGAGCGGGCACGCCACGCGCCCGCGCAUGCGGAGUACUGCUGGGGGAGCGUAAAGCGGGCAUAGCGACGGCUACCCGAGUGGCAGAGGGAGCUGCUGCGACUCCGACGAGGCGGCAGCGGAGAAGACGAGGAGUGGAGCGGGAAGGGGGAAGGGAGAAGAUGGCGACCCCCGUCGAGUGGGCCUCGCUCUGCGAGAAGUUCCGGAGCGCCAUCAACCUCUCGUACGUGGAGUCCAAGAAGGACCCGGAGACCGAGCCGUACCGCUCCAAGUACAGCGCGCGGGAGCUGCUCGAAGGCAUCAAGCAGCUGCUGGGCUCGGAGGAGUCGGGCGAGGCCGAAGGCGUUCCGGCCGCCGGCGCAGACGGAGCCAGCGAGAGGGAGCGCCUGCGCGCCGUGCGGCUGGCCGCGGUGGAGUAUGAGCUGGGGGUGAACCACACGGACACGCAGGAGUGCUCCGCCGGCGAGGAGCAUCUGCUGAAGUGCCUGCAGCUGCUGGAGCGCCACCGCCUCUCCCGGGAGUGCGUCUCCCUCUACAUACAGGCCCAGAAUAAUCUGGGUAUCCUGUGGUCGGAAAGAGAUGACAUUAAAACAGCACAGAGUUACUUGGAAUCUGCAGAGGCUUUGUAUAAUCAGUACAUGAAAGAGAUUGGGAAUCCUCCACUCGAUUCCAAUGAACACUUUAUGACUGAAGAAGAGAAACUCUCUGACCAAGAGAGAUCAAAAAGAUUUGAGAAAGUCUAUACUCAUACUCUAUAUUAUCUGGCCCAAGUCUACCAACAUCUGGAAAUGAUUGAGAAGGCUGCUCAGUAUUGCCAUACCACCCUUAAGCGGCAGCUUGAGUAUAGUGGCUACUAUCCAGUAGAAUGGGCUCUUAACGCAGCUACUUUAUCUCAGUAUUAUCUCAGAAAGCAAUGUUUCAUGGAGUCAAGACAUUGCUUAGCAGCUGCCAGUGUCAUCUUUGGCCAAGCUGGACAAGUGCCAUCUGCAGAGGACAAUGAAACAGAACAAGAUCAACAAGAUCUUCGCCAGAGGAAAGCUGAAAUUGCCAGAUGUUGGAUUAAGUACUGCUUGAACCUGUUGCAGGGAGCCCGGAAGUUGCUUGAGGACAACAUUGGUGAACUGGAUCUUGACAGGCAAUCAGAACUUAAAGCCCAGCAGAAAAAAGAAGAGGAUGAAAAGGAGAAGGGCAGGAAGAAGGCAGUUCUCUUUGGAACCAGUGAUCUGUGUGACUCUAUUUUGGCCAUGGAAGAAAAAGUGAGCUGUGUGUUUCCAUUAGACUUCAAAGAAGCCAGGGAAGUCUUCUUGGUGGGUCAGAAUUAUGUCAAUGAAGCUAAAGAGUUCUUUCAGGUAGAUGGAUAUGUCACUGACCACAUUGAAAUUGUUCAGGACCACAGUGCCUUGUUCAAGGUACUUGCUUUCUUUGAAGAAGAUUAUGAGAGGCGUUGCAAGAUGCACAAGCGUAGGAUCGAUAUGCUUGAGCCAAUAUAUGCAGGCUUAAAUCCUCAGUAUUAUCUGCUCCUCAGUAGGCAGCUUCAGUUUGAACUAGCAGAUACCUAUUAUGAGAUGAUGGAUCUAAAAGUGGCCAUUGGUAAUAGAUUAGAGGAGCUUGACUCCCACACAAUAAAGAAAAUAAAUUCUCUUGCUCAGCUGGCAAUAAAAUUCUACGAACUCUUUUUAGAUUCACUGAGGAACCCUGAUAAGGUUUUCCCUGAGACCCUGGAAGAGGAUGUUCUUCGCCCUGCAAUGGUGGCCAAGUUUCACAUUGCACGCCUAUAUGGCAAGCUUAUUACUUCAGAUGGCAAGAAACAGUUGGAAAACAUGCAGACCUCAUUGGAAUAUUACUCUUUUCUAGUAGACUACUGUGAGAAGCACACAGAGGCUGUCCAGGCGAUUGAAACUGAGCUAGAACUCAGUAAAGAGAUGGUUGGUCUUCUUCCAACCAGAAUGGAAAGGCUAAGAGCCAAGCUUUCUACUUUCACCUAAAUUUCUUCCUUCUGUUGAAAUGUGCAAUAUUAACACAAUCUCUGUCCAAAGAGAUGAUUUCCCUUACAGCAGUUGCCUUGCAAUACCCCAACGUCAUCUUUUGUUGUGAGCUCCCACCCGUGACAGGCAACAUAGAGCCGUAUCAAAUGGAAAGCUGUCAAAUGUUGUAGUUCUCCCCACAACUCAAUAUUAAAUAUACAAUGAGUGGCCAACUGGUGCUCUGUAUUGCUUGCUCUGUACUGACAUGUGACCCCUCCUGCCUUAUUUUGCUCCAUCCACGGUGCGGUCCAGUUUCUGAGUAUAGUUUUGUUUUCCAACAGUUUCCUGCCAUAAUUAACUUUGUAGGUAGAUUGUGCUAACAGUUCAAUUCCUCCCCACCAAAUAGGCUUUAAAUUUGAUGGCACAGGGAGAAUUUUAGAUACCUCUUUACCUGUCCCUUAAGAGUUUUUUAACAGAUCACUAAUUUAAUGGUGUCAUAUUUAUUUUUGUAUAAGUUCAGUUGUCCUUUAUUUAGCCCUUUAAAGGGGGAACAGUAAAUAAAUAUGCCUGAUAGUACGUCCUCUUGAUAGCCUUUUCUUUGAGUGUGUGUUGCCUAUUUAACAGUGUAGGCCUGCUCUGCUUUUCUCCUCAGGUUAUAGCCUGAGUCUUAAAUAUGGUCUGGAUUAUGUCAGGGCUUUAGUUACACUAUUCUAAAAUUUAAAAAGUAGAAGAUAUGCCAAGAUAACCAGAUAUCAUGUAAAGAGAACUGGAGUUCUGCAACCGGUAUAAUUAAUGUGCACCUGUAUUGUAUAUGUCUAGGUAAUAAGAUCAAAAAGGUAUAGAGAUAGGACACUAACACCCCACCUUAUGACCAUAGAGAAUCUAAUUUCUUUAACUGUUAAAUUAUUGACUUGUUGUAAGCUACCUUGAAUCCUUGUUGAUAAGACAGUCUAUAAACAUAAUAAAAUUAAGUAAUUCAA